AUGCUUGAAAUAUUAAGUGAUCAUAAGACAUUUAAAGUUUUGAAUUUUGUUGAAACCAUGUCUCACGAAGAUAGAUUAAUACGUAAACUAAAACAAUUAAAAAAUAAUGGUUUUAUAACUGAAAAAGAAUAUAAUUUUUGUCGCCCAACUGGCUCACAGCCUGCUAGAAUAUACGGCUUACCUAAAAUUCAUAAAAUUGGAGCACCACUUCGACCAAUCGUUUCAGCUUCAGGUACAUUUAAUUACAAUCUAGCCAAACUAUUGGCUAAUAAACUAGACCAUUUAAGAAAAAAUGACACAAUCAUAACUAAUACGUUUGCUUUCGUAGAUGAAUUACUUGCAUUAGAAUUUGAUAACUCUCAGAUAAAAAUGGUGUCUUUGGAUAUCACCAGCUUAUUCACUAAUGUUCCAUUACAGCGCACUAUACAAAUAAUUCUUGAUAAACUGUAUGGACCAGAACAUACCUGUACAUAUAGUGAUAAGAAACGAGAUGAUUGGUGUCAAAAAUGUAAAAACAGAUUUGAAAUGAAAUAUUUAUUAGACACCUCAACACAAGAUACAAAUUUUAUCUUUAAUAGCAAGAUCUAUUCACAAAUCAAUGGAGUUGCAAUGGGUUCUCCACUUGGACCUGUGUUUGCUGAUAUAUAUGUCAAUUAUCUUGAGAAUAAAUUAAUGUCACGUUUAAUAAAUAAUGGCUUGCUGUACUUGAGACGUUUCGUUGAUGAUACUUUUGCUAUUAUAAAAAAAGAUGCUGAUUUAAAUAAGAUAAUUGAUAUACUCAACAGUUUUGAUAAUUGUAUUGUUUUCACAUGUGAAGAAGAGGUAAAUAACUCAUUACCUUUUCUUGACAUAUAUAUUACACGACUACCAACUAACAAUUCAACAAAUAAUUUAAAUAAUAUUCUAUCUAAUAAUUCAACAAAUAAUAUUUCAACUAAUAAUUUAUCCAAUAAUCUAAAUAAUAAUCUAAAUAAUAAAUCAUCUAAUAACUCAGCAACUAGUUCAAAUAAUAAAUCACCUAAUAAUUCAACAAUUAUUUCAAAUAAUAAAUCAUCUAAUAAUUCAACACUUAGUUCAAAUAAUAAAUCAUCUAAUAAUUCAACGGUUAGUUCAAAUAAUAAAUCAUCUAAUAAUUCAAGGGUUAGUUCAAAUAAUAAAUCAUCUAUUAGUUUAAAUUAUAAAUCUUUUUAUAACUCAAAUAAUAAAUUAUCUAAUAACUCAAUAAAAAACUUCAUUAAUAAUUUAAAUAAUAAAGCAGCUGAUAAUUUAACAAUUAGUUCCAAUAAUAAAUCAUUGAAUAGUUCAACUGUUAAUUCGAACAAUAUAGUAUUUAAUAAUUCCAUAAAUAAUCUAAGUACUAAAUCAUUUAAUAUUUCAAAUGUUGCUUCAACUAGUAAUUCAAUUAACAAUUUAAGUAAUAUGCCAACUAUUAUUUCUACUAAUAAUAAUACACAAAUUUCUUCUAAAUCAUUUGCCACUACCAUAUAUAGAAAACCAACAUAUACUGGUUUAAUAACCAAAUGGAGUUCUUUCGUUCCUCAUACAUAUAAAGUUAGUACCAUAAGCAGCAUGGUUUAUAGAGCAAUCAGGAUAUGUUCAUCCUAUGAUUUAAUGCAUGAACAAUUUGAAUUUAUAGAAUUUAUUGGUAUCGAAAAUGGUUAUCCAAAAGGUUUUAUAAAAGCACAGAUCAGGAAAACACUAGGUAGAUAUUUUGAUAAGAUCAAUGGAACACAAAUAUAUAAAUCAAAAAAUAAAACAAAUAACGAUAAAGAUAAUUCGAUAAAACGAGAGCAGGUCUUCAUUGAUAUUCCCUUUUUUGGUAAACCAACGGAAAUCUUAGGGAAACGAAUAAUUAACUUGGCAAAAUCCAUAAAUCCACAAUUACACAUUCAACCAGUUCAACGACCAUCUUCAUCUAUAUCUAAAUAUUUUCCAACUAAAGAUCCAGUACCUAAACUACUUAGAUCAAAUAUCGUUUAUAAGUUAGAUUGUUCUAAUUGUGAAUCUACCUAUAUAGGCAAAACAAUUCGACAAACCUAUAGAAGACUUCAAGAACAUGGAGCUAAUUUCUUGAAAGAAAAAGAAAAUAAAUCUCAAUCGCUCGAUGUAGUUGAUAAUUCUAAUAAUCUUAGACGAUCUGACAGAAAUAAAGGAAAAACUGUACAAUAUUUUCCAAAGAUACAAAAUGAAUCAAUUGAUUUUGAACAAAACAAUCUAACACAUUCAGCAGUUAAACAACAUGAAAUUAAUAAUAAUCAUAAAAUAGAUUGGGAAAAUUGUAAUAUUAUUGCUAAAGAUAAUAAACACUACCGAUUGUUAGUAAAAGAAUCAUUGUUAAUUUGUAAUAGUAAACCUACUCUAAAUAAAACAAUUUGUUCAGUACCACUAAUAAUAUAUCCUGAGGGACUAACAAAAAAACCAAAAGUCAAGAUUAAAUCAACGAUAGAUGCACUACCAAUAGGGGGAGAAUCAGUGUUAUGA